AUGGCUCAACGAUUGCAUCUUCGUCUUCUCUCUAUAAUCUUCUUUGCUAUUCUGAUUCAGUUUUCAAGUCAACAAGACCUAAGUUUCGUCUACAACGGCUUUAACCAAGGCCAAGGCGAUCUUCACCUUGACGGAGUUGCAAGAAUCCAACUCCCAGGUGGACUUUUGCAGCUAACCGAUGCCACGGCUCAGCAAAAGGGUCAUGCGUUCUUCAACCGCCCAUUCGAUUUCGGUUCAGCUUCAUCUCAGUCUCUCUCUUUUUGGACUCAUUUCGUUUGCGCGUUGGUCCCUAAACCAGGAGCUGAUGGUGGUCAUGGGAUUGCCUUUGUUCUAUCAUCUUCAAUGGAUCUCACACAAGCAGACCCAACUCAAUACUUAGGACUCUUCAACAUCUCAACUAAUGGAUCUCCUUCUUCUCAGAUUCUAGCUAUCGAGCUGGACACGGUCCAAAGCGCAGAGUUUGACGACAUCGACAAAAAUCAUGUCGGUAUAGACGAAAACAAUCUACACUCUGUUGUGUCUGCUCCAGCUUCUUAUUAUUCCGACAUAGAAAGAACGAACAAAAGCUUGACACUCUUGAGUGGAGAUCCUAUCCAGGUGUGGAUUGAUUAUGAAGAUGCUCUACUCAAUGUUACAUUAGCUCCUCUAAGAAACCAGAAGCCAAGUAAGCCUCUUUUGUCAAGAAACAUCAAUCUCACAUCAGUUUUCCCGGAUCGAAAAGCAUUUGUCGGAUUCUCAGCAGCAACUGGGUCACUGAUCAGUUACCAGUACAUCUUAGGAUGGAGUUUCAGCACAAGCAGAGUUGCAUUACAGAGCCUUGACAUCUCUAAACUUCCCACAGUCCCUCGUCCCAAGAUACCGAAGAAAACAUCUACUCUGCUUAUUAUUCUACUGGUUGUACUCGGACUCAUAGUAAUGGCUGUUCUUGUAGGAGUUUUUGUGUACAGGAGAAAGAAGUAUGCAGAAGUUAAAGAGCCAUGGGAAAAGCCAUACGGUCCACUUCGCUAUACCUACAAAUCUUUAUAUAAAGCAACAGGAGGGUUUAAAAGAGAUGGUCGUCUUGGAAAGGGAGAUACUCCCGGAAUUGGAGUUUCUACGCCAGUGUUAAUGGGGUUACCUUCCCUGGCAAUCACUUCCACUUCACGGAUCUCAUCAGCAUUACCACCAUCGGUUUCUUCUUCCCCUGCCAACAACUCAAUGUUCAUUUCUCACACAAUCAUGUAUGGUGAUGGAAGAUGA